AUGAAUAAGCUCUCUGGUAAUAUUCCUGAUGCUCUUGGCCAUAUUGGAAGCCUGGAAGAACUAUACAUAGCACACAACAGCUUAUCAGGGUCAAUCCCAUCAGUUCUACAGAAUUUGACAUCAUUGUCUGUACUGGAUAUAUCCUUCAAUAAUUUGCAAGGUGAGGUGCCAGAUGAAGGUGUUUUCAGAAACAUCACUUACUUAGUAGUUGCUGGGAAUAUUAAUUUGUGUGGUGGUACACCUCAACUUCACUUGGCUCCAUGCCCCACAAGCCCCUCAAGCAAGAACAGAAAAAGGAUGCCAAAGUCUCUUGUAAUUUCUCUAGCAACAGCCGGAGCAAUCUUGCUGUCACUUUUAGUUAUUCUUCUUCUUUGGAUAUUUUGCAAGAAGCUCAAACCAAGCCAGAAGACAUUAGCACACAAUUCAAUUGUUGAUGACCAUUACAAGAGAAUCCCAUAUCAUGCAUUAUUGAGGGGAACUAAUGAAUUUUCAAUAGCCAACUUGCUUGGGAGAGGAAGUUAUGGUGCGGUUUAUAAGUGUGUUUUGGACACUGAAGAUAGAACAUUGGCUGUCAAGGUAUUUAAUCUUGGUCAAUCUAGGUAUUCCAAGAGUUUUGAGGUUGAAUGUGAGGCCAUGAGAAGGAUACGACACCGUUGUCUGAUUAAGAUCAUUACUUCCUGUUCGAGCGUCAACCACCAAGGUCAAGAGUUCAAGGCAUUGGUUUUUGAGUUCAUGCCCAAUGGUAACUUGGAUGGUUGGCUUCAUCCAAAAUCUCAAGAACCGACCACAAACAACACGCUUAGCCUUGCCCAGAGGCUCGAUAUUGCUGCUGAUAUUGUGGACGCAAUAGAAUAUCUGCACAACUACUGUCAACCAUUGGUAAUCCAUUGCGAUCUUAAGCCAAGCAACAUUCUUCUUGCUGGAGACAUGAGUGCACGAGUUGGUGACUUUGGCAUAUCAAGGAUCCUUCAAGAAAAUACAAGCGAGGGGAUGCAAACUUCAUAUGGCUCAACUGGAAUUAGAGGUUUCAUAGGCUAUGUUGCUCCAGAGUAUGGAGAAGGCUCUGCGGCCUCAACGGCUGGUGAUAUUUAUAGCCUUGGCAUAUUGCUGCUUGAGAUGUUUACCGGAAGGAGCCCAACAGAAGGCACAUUCGGAGAUUCAUUGGAUCUGCAUAAGUUUGCUGAGGAUGCUCUUCCAGAUAGAACCUUGGAGAUAGCUGACCCAACAAUGUGGCUGCACAGCGGACAACAUGAUAACAGUACAAGUAUUAGAAUCCAGGAGUUGUUGGUUUCAGUCUUCAAGCUUGGCAUAUUCUGCUCAAAGCAACAACCUCGAGACCGAGCACUAACGAGAGAUGCAGCGGAAGAGAUGCAUGCAAUCAGAGAUGCGUACCUCAAAUUUAUAGGGGGGCAUGGAGCAGAAAAAGAAGCCUCGACUCGAGAAAUCCAGAAUAGCCUUGAAUAA